AUGGCGGACAGGUAAAUGAACAUAUCUAUAGGUUUAACGUCUCAUUUAGCGAAGCCCUGGCCGAGCAAGUCCAGGCCAACGUCGACGAAACCGCGGCCAGAUUGGCUGACGAAUUGGCCGAACAAAUACAACGCCAGAAAGACGCCUUAGGAGGUUUUAAAGCCACCAAAGUCAAGUCGAGUGAGAAGGUAAGGGAGAUUACCGUAGUCAUCACAUGGUUUUGGUUUGAUUACGCCAAAACAGUAAUAUAUUCUUUUAUUAGGAAGAAAAAGACGACAAAAGUGAAGAGCAGUCUUUGUCAGAGACUGGCCAAGAAGUGAAGUCAGAAGUGAAUGGAGUUGAGACCAAUGGAGCCAACGAUCUGCCGGAGAUUCCUACUGUAACGGAAGGAGAUGAGAAUAUAAAUGAUAGCCUCAAAUCAUUAGCAGGUCGGUAUAAAAAGAGAAUUUAUAUCUUUCUAGGCUCAACCACCUCCACAUUUGAUACUGAUGAAGAUGCGGCGCAGAAGACCGAAGUCGAAGAAGACCCAGAAUCCAAGGAGAUCGAGAUUGACAUUGGAAUAGAGCCAGUGCCCACUUCUCCCGAGGAAAGGAGGAAUGAAGAGGAAGCUCAGACAACUCCACUGCCCACGGAUGAGUUCCCAGAAGCAGAGAAUAAAAGCGAUGGUGUGAGGGAGUUUAGUUUUCGCUUUUUAUAACGUCUUUUUUCAUAUGACAUGGGUUUAUAUUAUAUUUAGGGUUUGUCAGCAUCUGACACGAAUCCAGCUCUGGAACCCGCAGAAGAUGAGAAUACAGUAACCCGUCAAGCCUACACUCCCCAGACCGAUAUCUCUGAUAUAGACGCCCAGAAAUUGGCUGACGCACAAGCCAAUUACAUGCUCCCAUCGGCCUUUAAUUAUACCAAAAAGCCGGCAGCUGAGAACGCCCAAAGUGAUUCUGAUUCCAACUCGGAUAUUGUGAUUAACGAACAGCCCUGUAAAUGCGACAAUAUCCGAAAAGACCCCAAGAUCAAGACCAAGGUAUGUAAUAUAUUGUGA